AACGACGAAAUAUUUCAGCGCCCCCGAUCCAAAAAUCCAAAAAUCUCCAUCCUCCUCUCCAGCGCAUUUACACAAGUCAGCCAAUCCUCCCGAAAUUAUCAUCACGAACGCCAGACUGACCAUCAGCAGAUCGCCAAUAUGGAUGCCUCAAAAGUUCCCGUUAAGCUCGUCAAGGUCACCCGUGUUUUGGGCCGUACCGGUACGUUAUUCUCGCGACGAAACGCCAUGAGAGCGAUGGGAGAAGGGGAAAUGAGCGGAUUCUGAUGGUGAUAUCUAGGUUCCCGUGGAGGUGUUACUCAAGUCAGAGUAGAGUUCAUGGACGACACCACCCGAAGCAUUAUCCGUAACGUCAAGGGCCCAGGUACGAUUUCCCUCGAAAAUUCCCUGGCGAAGAUCCCGCAAAUUCAACGACAGGGGAAUUACGAAGGAGUAAAACAAAUACUAACAAAAUUAAUUCCUACAGUCCGUGAAGACGAUAUUCUUUGCCUCCUCGAGUCCGAACGCGAAGCCAGAAGAUUGAGAUAAACGCAUAUUCUUUGGUCGUGGGGAAAAUGGGGUUACACUGGUGCAUUCAUGAAAUUUUGCUAGGGAAAUGGGA